AUGAUCACUUGUAUCAGCUUUAUCGGCAAAAGUUCUGCGUUUGGAACAACGAAUAAUUUAAUCAAUCACAAAGUUGGUUUCGUAUUCCAAAAACUUUCCUUUUCUGUGAUGUCUCGUAUAAAGGAAGCUAAAAAAUCCGCAGCCUACUUGGCUGUAGAUAAACACGUCAAAUCCGGAGAUCUAGUAGGCAUUGGAAGUGGUUCCACAGUAAUUUUUGCAGUUGAACGUUUAGCAGCACGAGUGAAAAAGGAAAAAUUAGACAUUAAAUGUGUACCCACUUCUUUCCAGGCCAGAGAUUUAGUAAUACAAAAUAAACUUACACUGACCAAUCUAGAAGUAUGCCCAGAAUUGGACGUUUGCAUAGAUGGAGCAGAUGAAGUAGAUGAAAAUUUGGAUUUGAUAAAAGGCGGAGGGGGUUGCUUACUACAGGAAAAAAUUGUGGCUAGCUGUUCUAAGAAGCUGGUGAUUGUAGCUGACUACACCAAAGAUUCCAAAAGACUUGGAGACCAAUACAAGAAAGGGAUACCAAUCGAAGUUGCCCCGAUGGCUUAUGUACCAAUCAAGAAUAGGAUAGAAAAAAUCUAUGGGGGCAAUGCAGAGCUGCGCAUGGCAGUGGCAAAGGCUGGACCAGUGGUCACUGACAAUGGGAAUUUCAUAUUGGACUGGAGGGAAUACAAGCAGGACUCCGACUGGGGCAAAAUCAACACAGAACUGGUGUUGAUCCCGGGAGUCGUCGAGACUGGAUUGUUCGUCAAAAUGGCCGAGGUGGCGUAUUUCGGCAUGGAGGAUGGGUCUGUCAAAAACAGAGUGCCUCCUCAAUAA